AUGAGCUCUGAGAAGCUGCUCGAAGCUGCCCAGCAAGAAAGUUCCGGGCGAGGUGCCUACCCAGCGGGAGCUGCAGGUGAUUCAACUGCUGUGUUUCCUACUGAGCAAGUUUGGAACGGUUUCAAGACGUCCCGUGGUCUGAUAGUCAGCCAAGUGUAUCGCUUGAAUGGCAAAGCAGUCGUCGAUAUUUUCGAAGAGGACACACAGUCUCUCGCUCCCGUGCCUUUCUCUGAUCUCGGGCUGGAAGAUGUGAGGCCUGAUCCCGCGUGCUUGCUGCCAAGCCAGAGGAGGCAAGUUGAAGGCUGGAAUGUGCAGGCGACUCUUGGAAACGCCUUUUGCGUUCUGGCCCUGCGCCCAGCUCUCGGAGAGCACGGAACGACGGGGGAGCUCAAGUGGACCACUUGGCGGACGCUAGAUCAACGGAGCACUGAUCUCGCUCGCUACGUGACGAGCGUCUUGCCCAAGUCUGCGUGCAUCAUCCUCUGUGCUCGCAACUCGGUCGACUGGAUCGUCGCUCUCUUGGCCAUUAUACUUGCAGGUUGCAUGGCAGUUCCCAUUCAUUUUCUCGCGCAGGAGAGCUUUCGUGAGGCAGUGAUCGCCGAAGCAGAUGUUCGGGCUGCCUUCACCGACACGCCGAAGACGAAGAGCUGGGAGUCUCUGAGAGUCUUAGACCUCGGAAAGCUGCGGGUGCUGGAGGCCCAGGGAGCUUCGCUCCGGAAGUCCGAUGAGUUGCGAGAUGCUUCCUUGAGCUCUUUGAAGCUUCAGCUGCAAGACGUCCUCGAGGCCCCCCCCGAGAUGUCGGCGACCGGGACCGGUGCACGGCAAGCGCUGCAAACAUUUCUGGCUGCUGAGAAGUGGGACGAUGAGCUUGGUCACCUCAUCGUGAUGCUUGCUAGACGCGACAUUCAAUGGCUCACUGCUUUGGCAGCACCUGGAGUAGUUGGUCCGCUGACUCUGCGAGCGCUGGCAGAGAGUUGGAUGCCAGCCCAAACACCUGCGCAAUGGGAAGCAGCUGGUGAGAGAUUUGGCGAUGUUUGGCUGACAGCCGUGUUGGAGGCUCUUUCUCGUCAUCGGCGACCUGACAGCAACUGCCUGGCAUAUGCCCUGCGCUUGGCCGGGCGGCAGACGUUGCUUGACCCUUGGGCAGUGGAACUGGUCUGUCGCCUCGCCGCCUCCCUGCCUCUUCAGUCGCAGCAGUCCUGGUUCGACCUGGCGGAGAAAGUGGCUCCUGCAAAGGUCGGUGCCAGCUACGAGCUUCUAAAGGCUACCCCGUUGCGACGCAACAAGGAGAACGAUCAGGAGAUGUAUGAGUUGGCCGAGGGCUCCGUCGUCGAAGUCUUGCAGGUGAGUGGCAGUGCCGUGGAGGUUGCUAGUGAGGUGGCGCAAGGAUGGAUUGAUCUGUGGGACGGCAGCGGCGCACCCAUCAUGGAUGAAACAAUCCCAGAACCGAUUGCAAUGAUCCUGUACACCAGCGGUUCCACAGGGGCUCCAAAGGGUGCCUUAAUCAAGAACAGUGCGCUGAAUAGAUACAUGUGCAACAGGAUAAGCACUGGCGAGAGUGAUUUUUCUGGGGUGCUCAUUCAUGGGGCUCCGCUCUCAACAUCGGCAUCUCCUUACAACAUCUUUGGGAACAUCUUAGGAGGUGGCCGGAGUGUGAUUCUUCAGGAGGGAGGUCAGCUCUUUGAAGUGGCGCCCUCUGUUGGACCAACCCAACUGGGCGGUGUUCCGCAGAUGUGGGCGCUCCUCUACAAGCGCUUUCAGGAUCGUCUCUCAUCCUGUGAUGAAGCAGGAGCAAAGGCCUUGCACGAGGAAGCAAAGGGUUGGCUAGGGCCCAGGAUCCACCGAAUCAACUGUGGGGGAGCCUUGCCAUGUCCGGCUGUGAUGCGUUGGCUCCAAAGCACCUACAGCGAUGCUGAGGUGAGUGAAAACUAUGGCCUCACGGAGGCAGGAGGCAUCACAGCUAGUGGACCUGGCCAGCUCCCGCCCAUCAAGGAUGGCGUGCAGGUGCGACUGGAAGACUUUGGCAUGUACAAGACCACGGAUGUUCCGCCACGUGGAGAGAUCUGUGUAAAGACGCAGCGCAUGGCCGCUGGGUAUCUGAACCGCCCUGACAUCACCAGCGAAAGCUUCACCUCAGAUGGCUUCUUCCGCACGGGGGACAUCGGCGAGAUGCCUGACCCCAAGCACUUGCGUGUAAUUGAUCGAAAAAAAGCGUUCUUCAAACUUAGCAAUGGUGAGUGGGUGUCGCCGGAAGCAGUGGAGGCAAUCCUCAUGGAGUGCCCUGAGGUACAACAGGUAUUGGUGCAUGGAGACUCUGCACAUGAUUGCAUCGUGGCUGUCGCUGUGGCCAGAGUGCCGCCUGAACAAGUGCUUGAUGCAUUCCGCGGCGUGAUGCAGUUUCGAACAGGUGUUCGCCAUUUUGAGACACCGCAGGCUGUUCAUGUCACGUCGGAGCCGUGGGAUGCGACGAACGGGCUCCUGACGGCAACUGGGAAGCUCUGCCGCAGGAAGAUCUUCGAGCAUUUCGCGGCACCGAUCCAAGACAUGCUGGAAUCCGGAAAGCAAGACGACCGGACGGAGCAUGAGGUGGUGCGAUUGAUUCGACAGGGAACUGAUGAGGAGGCGUGGCAAAAGCUCAAUCUAACCAGCGUCGCAGCAGUAAGCGCAUCGCACGCAAUCCGACUCUUCUUUGGGGUGGAUGUGUCGGUGAUCCAUCUCUUGCAAAAACCUCCAUUAGUCGCGAUGAAAGCUCACGUCGAAGGCAGGCAGCAACUCCAGCUCAGCACACGUGAAGAGCUCGUGGGCUUGGGAGGUUUUGUUCCCAUGUCCGGCGAGAGAUCUUCGAAGAUCUUACUGACUGGGGCAACUGGCCACGUAGGUGCCUGUGUGCUUCAGCAUUUGGUGACCUCCGGACUCCGAGUGACGACCUUGGUGCGUGGCCCAUCCCAUGCUGCGGCCAAACAGCGUCUCUUGGAAACGCUGAUGCAGCGUGGCUAUAAUGAGGCAGCUGAACAGCUGCGCCUGGACGGCGUGAGCGUAGUUGCCGGUGAUCUGUCUGAAGAGUUCUGCAAUCUUCCUCAGGAGGAGUUCCAUGAUCUCGCUGGAGGCGUCAUCCUUCAUGUGGCCGCAGAGGUGCACCACUUGCAGAGCUACAGCGCUUUGGAAGCUACAAAUGUUCAGGGAACUCGACGCCUCUUGAUGCUCGCUUCAUUGGCGCCCACGAAGUUUGUGCUGAUUUCCACCGAGUCUGCACAGGAAUCUCGCAGAAGCUCCGGGUAUGGGCAAACCAAACAUGCAGCAGAAAGCCUGGUGCAGGAGGCGUUGUCGCGCGGCAUGCAGGGCAGCAUUUUGCAACUUGGGAUGGUCGGCCCAGAUCGCGUCACCGGAGCUUGCAACGUGCAAGAUUGGCUGAUUCGCUACGUUUUGGGGGCACUUCAGCUGGGAGCUUGGCAUGGAGCUGGAAGCUUGCGGCUUUUUCCGUGUGAAGAGGUUGCAAAGGCGAUCGUGGCUCGUAUUCAUGACGAUAUCUGCAAGCCAGCUGCUUGCGUGUUGCCAUCUGCAACUCUCAUGGGCUUGGUGGCCUCUUCGGACGUGCUGUGUCGCCGAAUUCGCCAGGUGGCUCUGGCAGAAUGGCAGGAGCUGCUUUCUGACCUCCCAGAGUCCAACCCCAUGUUCCCCCUGCGGCACUACUAUUGGAGAGGCUUGGGCCGAGACGUCACAGAAGAAGGGCCCCACGGAUACGAUCAGGACUCGGUGAAUUGCAUGCUGAAGUUUCUGGAUAGGGAAGGUCUUUUCCCAACGGCCUUGUUGCAGAGAACCAAGUCCAGUAACAGAGCAGCUGAGAUUCCAAAUCGCCCAUCGCUUCAUCGAAGUAUCUCGCAACCUUCUGAACAUGGAGGCAAAGCCUGA